UGUGAGCGCGAGUGUGCGCACGCCGCCACGGAGCCUCUGCCUUCGCCUCGCACCCUGCUCAGGGCAUCUGGAGAGCCUGGAAACGUGAACAGGCUUAAAGUAUGGCAUGUUGCAAAGAUGGUUUCUGCCAGGAAGGUACCAACGAUCGUCAAGUCCUGCGGAGUCAGUCUCGUCCUCCUGCACUUCUUGAGCCAGGCGACUUGUUUAAAUGAAUCCCCAGAACAGGGCGAAAAGGAGGAGAAAUUGUGCCCAGAAAAUUUUACCCGCAUCUUGGACAGUUUACUCGAUGGAUAUGACAACAGGCUGCGUCCUGGAUUUGGGGGUCCUGUUACAGAAGUGAAAACUGACAUAUAUGUCACCAGUUUUGGGCCUGUUUCUGAUGUUGAAAUGGAAUAUACAAUGGAUGUAUUCUUCAGACAGACAUGGAUUGACAAAAGACUAAAAUAUGAUGGCCCCAUUGAAAUUUUGAGACUGAACAAUAUGAUGGUAACAAAAGUAUGGACCCCUGACACUUUCUUCAGGAAUGGAAAGAAAUCUGUCUCACAUAAUAUGACAGCUCCAAAUAAACUUUUCAGAAUUAUGAGAAAUGGCACUAUCUUAUACACAAUGAGACUCACCAUAAGUGCGGAAUGUCCAAUGAGACUGGUGGAUUUUCCCAUGGAUGGCCAUGCAUGCCCUUUGAAAUUUGGGAGUUAUGCAUACCCAAAGAGUGAGAUGAUUUAUACCUGGACCAAAGGUCCUGAGAAAUCAGUAGAAGUUCCAAAGGAGUCUUCCAGCUUAGUUCAAUAUGACUUGAUUGGUCAAACUGUGUCAAGUGAGACUAUCAAGUCCAUUACAGGUGAAUAUAUUGUCAUGACGGUUUACUUCCAUCUCAGACGGAAGAUGGGUUAUUUUAUGAUUCAGACAUACAUUCCAUGUAUUAUGACAGUGAUUCUGUCUCAAGUUUCAUUCUGGAUAAAUAAGGAAUCAGUUCCAGCUAGGACUGUAUUUGGUAUUACCACAGUCCUCACCAUGACGACUCUGAGCAUCAGUGCCCGACAUUCUUUGCCCAAAGUGUCCUAUGCAACUGCCAUGGAUUGGUUUAUAGCCGUCUGCUUUGCUUUUGUAUUUUCGGCCCUUAUUGAGUUUGCUGCUGUCAACUAUUUUACCAAUGUUCAAAUGGAAAAAGCCAAAAGGAAGACAGCAAAGGCCCUCCAGGAACUUCCAGCUGCUCCAGUAUUGAGAGAAAAGCAUCCGGAAACAACUUUGCAGAAUAUGAAUGUGAAUGCAAACAUGAGAAAAAGAACAAAUGCCUUGGUUCACUCAGAAUCUGAUGUUGGCAACAAAACGGAGAUGGGAAAUCAUUCAAGCAAAACGUCCAUGGUCAUUCAAGGGUCUUCUGGAACCACAACACAGUCUUACCUAGCGUGCAGUCCAAACCCAUUCAGUCGUGCAAAUGCAGAUGAAACUAUAUCUGCUGCAAGAGCACUUCCAGCUGCUCCUCCUUCUACUCCCAGUGUAACUGGGCAUAUGCCCCAACAAGCAUCGGUUGGACCUGCAUCUACCCACCGUACAUUUGGAUCAAGACUGGAUCGAAUUAAGACCACAAUUAAUACUGUAGGGGCUUCUGGGAAGUUGUCAGCAACUAUUCCUCCCCCUGUUCCACCACCUUCUGGAUCUGGCACAAGUAAAAUAGAUAAAUAUGCCCGCAUUCUAUUUCCAGUAACUUUCGGGGCAUUCAACAUGGUCUACUGGGUUGUUUAUUUAUCUAAGGACACUAUGGAGAAAUCAGAAAGUCUAAUGUAAUUUUGUUGCUAUAGUAGUUUCCUAAAAGGUGGAGUUGAUGCAGAAUGUUUUUACAUUUAAGUUUUUAAAGAUAAUCAAUUAUUCUUUACUAAAAUAAAUAUCCUGUGAUUUUUUUUUCCAUUUUGAAAAUUCAAGACAGUUAUUGAGUGAGGUAAUUAAUUGCUCAGUGAAAGAAAGUGAGCUAUCUUUCAUUUCAGAAAGAUGAUUUAAAUAGAAUCAAUUCAGCAUUCAAAUUAGAUGGAAUACAGACCAUCCUGAAAAAUUGGACACAAGAAAUAGGGCUAUUAUAGAUAUGUGCUGCAUACUUACACAUUAAAAUUUGAGAACAGAUCACAACAUUUUUAAGAUGUACUUUGAAUACCAACUCGCUAUCCUAAAUUUCCCUGUGGCACUACCCAUAAUCAGACUUAUUUAUUGGAUAUCAUAUGCAAUGACUUUUGGAGAUCCCCUCAGAACCUAUAAGAAAAUAAUUUUUCUUGUCAAAGGAAACAUUUUAAUUGAAAAAAAAUCAAAUACUGACCAAUAGAUAGAAACUUCUGCUGCAUAAAUUAAAGAAAGUGAUCAGGGGAAAUGUUAUUACUGUCAUAUGCUAGUCAAACAAGACUUGACCACUGACUUGAAAAUUAGUGCUCUUAGCCAAAGUUUAAUUCACUGUAUAAAUUAUUUUUGAUAGAAGUUCAUUUGGUUAUGUAUUAUAGGUUAGUUACUACCAUGUUCCAGGCGCUAUGCUACAUAGUAUCUCUCUAGGAAAGCUCUUCAUCUUUAUCUACAACAUUACUUAAAUAUAUAGUAGAACAAUCAGCAAAUGCUAAUGAAUCAUAAACUAGCAGAGGAUAUUACAUCGUUCAACGGAAGAACUACAUUGAAAAUCUGGCAACAUACUAAAAACAUUGAGUUCUCAUAUUUAUGAAAUAUUUUGUGAACAGUUAUAUAUUUCUUAUAGUUGAUUUUGGGUAAUAAACUGUUAGUACAAAUUCAGCUAUCAAUUUUAUAAUAUAAUGAAAAUGUGGUACAAAUUGUCCUCUUAGUGAAAAAAGCAUUGUAUACCAUGAAAUAGCAAUCUGAGAAUUUUAAGACCUGAUUGUAUUUCUCAAAUUUGAUCAGAGUUACAGAGUCUUCAGAGUUAGAAAUGCAAUAUGAAGGUGGGGACAGAUAGCAUAAUGGUUAUGCAAGGAGAUUCUCAUGCCUGAGGCUUCAAAGUCUCAGAUUCAAUCCCCUGAACUCCUGAACCACAUAAACCAGAGAUGAGUAGUGCUCUGGUAAAAAAAAAUAAAAUAAUAAAAUAAAAUAAAAUAGAGAAAACAAAAGAAAGGAUAGGAAAGGAAAAGAAGUGAAAUGAAAUUUGAGGUAUUUCAGAUAUGUUCCCCAAUAUAGAUCUGUAUUAGUUGGUAAAAUGCUAACCAUUGGAGGAGUUUGUCUCCAUCAUUGGACUGUUUUGUGUUUAUUUUUUGAACAGUUUCUGUAAAACUUAAUAACUAAGAUGAGUGUUUUAAAUUUAAAAGAGUGGCAUAAUUAAAACAUUCUUUCCACAGGGUAGGAUGUCAUUAACUCUGUUAAGCAGUUUAUCAGUAUUGCCACGUUCAGACUGAUUUUUUUUUUUUAAUUAGGAAGGCUUAAGAACUUGAUUGGGUUUCUUACACCUGUCUUACACUGUGAAAUCUGGGUUUUGUUGGUGUUAUGUUAAUAGUAGAUUUUCCUUCUUUGUUUCUCUUUUUUCUAAAGUAGGUUCUGUGAAUUAUAAAUUUUGAUGUUUGGAGCAGUACCUUGCAAAGAGAACCUCUGUAUCUCUCUCUCUCUCUCUCUCUCUCUCUCUGAAUUAUAUUGAUUAAACUGAAUUAUAUUGAUUGAGUUUUUUCAGUUACUGAAUUACUUUGGAAUGGCUUCAUAUGAGACCUGUAAACUUUACAUAUGCCAAGUAUUAAUUGCAAGUCACAUCUGAGAAUUCUUUCUUGGCAUCUCUAUAAGCAUUUCCUAGACACAUCAACAAUUGUAAGGCUGAAAGAUGCAAUGAAAACCAUCCAGCCCAAACCUCAUUUACAAAUUGAUGCCAGUAACAUGAGGUCCAGUAACAUUUGUAUAUAUGUAUAUAUCUAAUAAAGAGUACUUCUACUCAA